AUGACUGAGGUUGUUGCUGGAGGUGCUGCGGCUGAGGGUAGAUCUGCUGGUGCUGCUGUUGACUAUGGAGGUAUUGCUGGUGUUGGUCGAUCAGGAGGUUAUCGACAGAGCCGCCGAAUUGGGACUGGAGACCCUGGCCGUGGUUGUGGUUUUGGUGCUGGUGCUGGCUUUGUUGCUGAUGCUGGGGGGGAUAGCCACCUGAUGAAUAGCGCGUGGAUUGCGACCUCGCAGGAGGGCCGGCAGAAUGUUGGAAGGAUCGAGGAUCGGGGGACUCAGCGAGCGUCGAGGGAGCUUGAGGAUAGGGCUGCUGGUCGUCUUGAGGGGGAGGAGGGAGGGGGUGGUGGUGAUGUUGGAGAUGGUGUUCCUGGCCAGGCGGUGGUGGUAGCGGUGGCCCUUGGUGAUGGUCGUCGCGGUCGGCGGAAGCGAAACUGUUUGGAUUUGGGGAAACCGCUGCACCUUCGCUGGCACUGGCACUCACGCCGGCACUCGAAGGAUUGGGCUGGCCCUGGCUGCUUGGAUGCGACGACUGAUCGUUCAACGCCUGCUUGGACCGAUUACUGGAUGCUGCUGGAUGCUGCUGGCUAUGCAGAAGCAGAGGGGCCUCUCGAGCGUGGAGCUGGAGCUGGUGGUCUGCCGCAUCAAUCGAGCACGCAGGGAGUGGCAGCGCAACAGCUCCCAGGACCGCCCGGAAAGCAACGCAAAGCAGAGCAAGCGCAAUCACAAUCACCACCACCACAGCAGCAGCAGCGACGCGGCGAUGCGACGAGGAGAGCUGCUGCUGCCAGUUGGCGUGUCUCGCGUAAGGAAGGGAGCUUCGGACCAGGAGUCAAACGGAUAUUAUUAGAGUCGAAGAUCGGUGGACGAGAAUUGACUGGCGGAUGGGCUCAGAUUGGUUCGUGGAUGAGGAGAACAAAGAUGCGAACAGGCUCAGAAUUGGGGCUGAGUCGAGAUCUGCCGCUCGUCAAUCUCUCCAGACUGGGUUCGCGCUGCGUUGGGGUCUCAGGAGAAGAUAAUGGCCGGAUCGGGGAUGUUGGAAGAACACUCGCUUCUGCCAGGGGGAGCGCAAAGGGAGCAAAGGGAGCAAAGGGAAGAGGGAUGGCGAUGGCAUCAAACAUUAGACAAUGCUAUGUCAUGAUCGCGCCAAGAGAGGUCAAAAUUCAUGGCAUAAUUACAUAG